AACUCAAAAAUAGCAUACGUUCUUUUAUUACCGCCUCUGAAUUUCCUGAAAACCCUAAAAAUCUGACACAGAUGUUCCAUGGUUUUUCACUUUUUUUGUUUCCAUAAAAAUUCAAACUAAAUAGAAAAAGAGAAGCCCCACUCCUUCCGCCAGUCCCCGCCGUUUGUCUGAACCCAACGACCGGAAAAGGCAAAGGACAGCCUCACUCACUGGGCGGCGGCGGCGGCGGAGGAGGAACCAAAGCAAAUAUCUAGGGAGCAGUUCCUUUACUCAUUUGUUAAUUAUUGUUAUUCUUCGGUUUCCUUUAUUUUUCCCGAACGGCCGCGAGAAUCCGAACUGGAUGAUCCAAAAAUGUCCCAUGGCGCGUCUUUUUCUUUGUCUGAUUCUCACUAUGUUGCCUUCAUUUGUUUAAACAGAGUUUCUGAAGCUUGCAACUGAAUCUGCGAGUGAGUCAUGGCUGUUCAAUCGGAAUCGCAGAAGAAGAACUUGGUUAGCUUUCUGCCUCUGGUUGGAGAGGCUUACAGUUCAGUUGGAAUUGAGCCGCCAAAGGAUAUUUCUCAGCACCGUCUUCUUCAAUUCAACAAUGGCAAGAACAAAGAGCAUCUUCUUGUGUUCCCUGACGUUGGUCGAGCCUUUCAGGAUUUCAUUAAUAGCAGAGAGGUUCGUGAGUUUCUCAGUGGUGCUUUGGCAGGGGCUAUGACUAAAGCUGUUCUUGCUCCUCUUGAAACCAUCAGGACAAGGAUGGUGGUUGGCAUUGGAUCCAAAAGCAUUGGUCAGAGUUUCAUCCAAGUCGUUGAGCAGCAGGGUUGGCGAGGACUAUGGGCUGGUAACAUGGUUAACAUGGUGCGUAUAGUUCCUACGCAGGCAAUUGAGCUUGGAACAUUUGAGUGGGUUAAGCGAGCAAUGACUGCAUCACAAGAGAAAUGGAAAGAGACUGGCGGGCCAAAGCUUGAAAUUGGUCAUAUUAGCAUCGACUUUUCUCUCAACUGGAUCUCUCCAGUUGCCGUGGCUGGUGCAGCAGCUGGUGUUGUGAGCACACUUGCAUGCCAUCCACUUGAAGUUUUAAAGGAUCGCUUGACUAUAAGUCCUGAAAUAUACCCCAAUCUAAGCAUUGCAGUAAACAAAAUCUACAAGGAUGGAGGGAUUGGUGCGUUGUAUGCUGGCCUUGCACCGACAUUGGUUGGCAUGCUCCCAUACAGCACAUGCUACUAUUUCAUGUACGAGACUGUGAAGAAAUCAUAUUGUCAGGCGAAGAAUAAACAAUCUUUAAACCGUGCUGAGAUGCUUAUAAUUGGAGCACUUUCUGGCUUAACUGCCAGCACUAUUAGUUACCCAUUGGAGGUGGCGAGGAAGCGUUUAAUGGUUGGUGCCUUGCAAGGCAAGUGCCCACCCCACAUGGCAGCUGCACUAUCAGAAAUCGUCAGGGAGCAAGGAGUGAAGGGACUUUACCGAGGUUGGGGAGCAAGUUGUUUAAAAGUGAUGCCUUCUUCAGGCAUCACCUGGAUGUUCUAUGAAGCUUGGAAAGAUAUAUUGCUCAGGGAACAACGUCGUGUGUGACCGACCAUCCCUGUUUGGAAACAGAUUGGACAGAAUACAUCAGUCAUUAUAGCAUGAUUCGGAACUAUAGACUCACCCCCUUGCUAGAAGAAGCAAGUAUUCCAGAGCUGUUGUUCAAUUCAUUAUGACCAUUUUGACUUGGGUGCCAUUUUAUUUAGCACCAGUACAAUUUUUGUUUCUUCUCUUGUUUAACUCCA